GGUGGCAGUUUAUCCUGUAAAUAAUCCCUUUCCUCUGAUUUUGUCCCAGCCUACGGGGAUAAGCAAGUGAAAUUGGCCCUUGUCCUGUUCCUGUUCUGCCAGAUGGGAAACUUCUCCAUCCACGUGGCUCUGAGAAACCUGCGGCCCCCGGGCUCAAAGACCCGCAGGAUUCCUUUGCCAACAAAGAACCCGUUCACCUGGCUCUUCAUUUUUGUCUCAUGUCCAAACUACACGUAUGAGGUCGGGUCGUGGAUUGGCUUCACUCUGAUGACUCAGUGUCUACCAGUUGGCUUGUUCUCGCUGGUCGGUUUCAUCCAGAUGACGAUCUGGGCGAAGGGCAAACACCGCAGUUACAUGAAGGAUUUCCGUGAUUACCCUCCUCUGCGCUCCGCCAUCAUCCCCUUCCUAUUGUAGGUCCCAUGUCACAAGCACGAGGCUCUGCUGACUAAUCCCUCCCUCCCUCCCCGUUCCGUACCCACCCCAUCUCCCUCUAUCCCUGCUCUAAGCUGAUCCAUCGUGAGGGGUAGCACACGGUUAGUGCAUCUAAUAUCCUCCUCUCUUUCUCCCCCCCCCCCCC